AUGUUUCUUCUCUCUUCUCCCGUCGGUUGCAAUUCAAGUUCUGAAUUUUCUAUCUUAGGAUUUUUCCGUCAAUUUUUUUCUCUCUCAUAUAUCUUCAUAUCCUUUCUUUCAUAUCUCUCUCUGUCUCUCUCAUAUCUUCCUCUCUCUGUCUCUCUCAUAUCUUCCUCUCUCUGUCUCUCUCAUAUCUUCCUCUCUCUGUCUCUCUCAUAUCUUCCUCUCUCUCCUUCUUCUCUCUCUCAAAAGAGUUCCCUCUCUCUCAUGAGUUCCCGAAUCUCUCAUAUCUUCCCUCUCUCUCUCCCUUCCCGUCUCUCUCAUAUCUUCCAGAUCUCUCUCUCAUAUCUUCCCGUCUCUCUCACGGAUCUUCUAUCUCUCUCAUCUCUUCCCGUCUCUCUCAUAAUUUCCGUCUCUCUCAUAUCUUCCCGUCUCUCAUAUCUUCCGUCUCUCAUUGCUUUCCCGUCUUUUCAUAUCUUCCUUCUCUCUCAUAUCUUCCUGUCUCUCUCAUAUUUCCCGUCUCUCUCAUAUCUUCCGUCUCUCUCGAUAUCUUCCCGUCUCUCAUAUCUUCCCGUCUCUCUCAUAUCUUCCCGUCUCUCUCAUAUCUUCCCGUCUCUCUCAUAUCUUCCCGUCUCUCUCAUAUCUUCCCGUCUCUCUCAUAUCUUCCCGUCUCUCUCUCUCUCUCUCACUUCCUUUCAGCGCUUGUUUGCGCCUUCUUUACGCCUUUCUUUUUGUAUUCCCGUAUUCAACUUUUAUUGUUGUUUAUUAUUAUUUCCCCUCCUUAUUCACAUCAUUGUCUUCUUCAGCGAGACGCACACGGCUUCGAAGAGCAUUAGUAACAACAGUGGCUUCAAUAACAAUUUGAGUAGUAGUAAUAAUAAUGACAGCAACAAAAAAAGAAUAGACGGCAAAGAGACGGGCCACCAAAUAACAGUGACCAAAGGAACAAAUAAAUAG